CGUCUCUGCCUCCCCUCUGCCCUGCCUGAGGGUCUCGAGGGAUUAAGGAAAGUAGGGAAAUCCAUCACGUGGAGGAGGAGGUGGAGGGAGAGGGGCGGUCAUUAGCAUUCCUGUGCUGUGCCUGAGCCGGCAGCAUCUCAAGGAGAGAUCCGGGGCCAGCCCAGGAAGGGAGCUGGGACCAGGAAGAGGAGCUGGAGCCCGGUUCCUGACACCCAGAACCCCUCAGCCCUGUGUGCCACCAAGCACUCGCCUUUCAGUCUCUGCUCUGCGUCUCUUUCCCGUUCUUUACCCCGCUCCAAGUGCCUGUUCUCGGCAGCUGCCUGGCUGAUUUGGGGCUCGAGCUUAACUUUGCUUCUGGGUUUGGGGCUCUGCAGCCGCUGCACUUCCCCAGCGAGGCUGGCUCUUGGGAUGGGACUCCGGGAGCUGACUGUCUGGCUGAUCGUGGCUGUGGCGCUCGUACAUGUGUCCCUGCAAGGAGAGUUCCAGAGGAAGCUCUACAAGGAGUUGCUGAAGAAUUACAAUCCUCUGGAGAGGCCUGUGGCCAAUGAUUCCCAGCCGCUCACUGUCUACUUCACUCUUAGCCUCAUGCAGAUUAUGGAUGUGGAUGAAAAGAAUCAAGUUUUAACAACCAACAUUUGGUUACAAAUGUAUUGGACAGAUUACUAUUUACAGUGGAACAUGUCUGACUACCCCGGAGUGAAGAAUGUUCGUUUUCCUGAUGGUCAGAUUUGGAAGCCAGAUAUUCUUCUGUACAACAGUGCUGAUGAGCGAUUUGAUGCGACGUUUCAUACCAAUGUUUUAGUCAAUUCUUCAGGACACUGCCAAUACCUACCCCCAGGCAUAUUCAAGAGCUCAUGCUACAUAGAUGUGCGCUGGUUUCCAUUUGAUGUUCAGAAGUGUAAUCUGAAGUUUGGAUCCUGGACCUAUGGUGGAUGGUCCUUGGACUUACAAAUGCAAGAAGCAGAUAUAUCUGGAUACAUUUCAAAUGGAGAGUGGGAUCUAGUAGGAGUUCCUGGAAAGAGGAGUGAGAGUUUUUAUGACUGUUGUAAAGAACCUUACCCAGAUGUGACAUUCACAGUGACUAUGAGACGUAGGACUCUGUAUUAUGGACUCAAUCUUCUCAUUCCUUGCAUGCUGAUAUCGGCACUUGCCCUGUUAGUUUUUCUGCUUCCAGCUGACUCAGGAGAGAAGAUCUCACUAGGUAUAACAGUUUUGUUGUCUCUUACUGUCUUUAUGCUACUUGUGGCAGAAAUUAUGCCAGCAACAUCAGAUUCUGUGCCGUUAAUAGCUCAGUAUUUUGCCAGCACUAUGAUUAUUGUUGGCCUUUCUGUUGUUGUCACUGUUAUUGUUCUGCAAUAUCACCAUCAUGACCCAGAUGGGGGAAAAAUGCCAAAGUGGACAAGAAUCAUCCUUCUGAACUGGUGUGCCUGGUUCCUGAGGAUGAAGAGACCAGGGGAAGAUAAAGUACGCCCUGCCUGUCAGCAUAAGCAGCGUCGAUGUAGCUUGUCAAGUGUGGAUAUGAACACUGUGAGUGGGCAACAAGCCAGUAAUGGGAAUAUGCUCUAUAUUGGGUUCCGGGGGCUGGAAGGGGUCCAUUGCACUCCGACCACUGAUUCUGGGGUAAUUUGUGGGAGGAUGACCUGCUCGCCAACAGAAGAAGAGACUCUCCUGCACAGUGGACACCCCUCUGAAGGUGACCCAGAUUUGGCUAAGAUCUUGGAGGAGGUCCGAUAUAUUGCAAACCGAUUCAGAGACCAGGACGAGGAGGAAGCCAUUUGCAAUGAAUGGAAGUUUGCAGCCUCCGUGGUAGACCGUCUCUGCUUGAUGGCCUUUUCUGUCUUCACAAUCAUUUGUACGAUCGGCAUUUUAAUGUCCGCACCAAACUUUGUAGAGGCUGUGUCUAAAGAUUUUGCUUAAUUCUGAAAAAUAUCUGUGAUCCUCCAAGGUAUGCUAUGUAGCAAAUAGAUGAGUACAUGGUCUUUUUUAAAAAAAAAAAUAACAUGCCUUAUCAUGAAUAUAUUCUUACUCAGUGACCCAUCUAAAAACAGUAAAAUGUCUAUAGGACUCACUCCAGCCUGUGAGAUGUUGAGGGACCUUAACUCCCACUGAAGUGUGUAAAUAGGGCAUUCAGUUUGUAGGGUUGAGAUUUGGAUCAGGCCCUUAGCCAAAAAAUGACACAAACGCUAUAAUGAGGGAACACUCCCACCAGCUUAUGUUGUCAGAAGCAACUAGUGAAUGUGGGGGCCCAAGCUGACCCCUGAUUUUCAGAGGGCAGGUACGCAGCAAUACUGAAAAUCGGGCCCCUGAAAAGUGUGUCAAGUUGGGCUCCUAAAAACUGAGGCUGCCAAAAUGGACACUAUCAACUUUAAUGGGAGCCAGCUGAGAAGCAUAGAUCCUAAUUUUAACAGCACUAAAAGUGUGGGCUGAAUUUUUAAAAUACACUUCAAAUGAUUUGUCAAGGAAUUUAAUUUUGGGGCUUAUACCCACUGCCUUCUCCAGCAAAGACAUUCUUUGAACUGCUAAGUUUUGUUGAACCCAUUUUGCUAUAUAGAUGUCUGUCUUUUUUUUUAAAGGAAAAUGCAGGAUUCAAGAUCUCUACAUCUUCAUUUGUUAAAGAGAGACUCGGGUCUUUUUUGUGAUUGCUUUCCAAUGUGGGAAAAAUAACAAUCUCUAUACAAACUCAAAAACAAAUGGCAAAUCUAAAGCAAAACGAGCCAUUUAAAUGUUCAGAAUUAAUGUUUUGUCUGAUGCAUGCACAGUAUUUUACAUACAGCAUCAUCUUUCUGUUGACUUACCAAUACAUAUUAUGGAAAGAAAACUGCUUAGCUUUUUUGCUCAGUGCAUUGGUUAAUGCUGAAAACUCUUCUUGCUGUGCAUAAUCUGUAAAUAUUCACCAGGAAGCGUUAAAUAGGAAUUCCUUUUUAGAAAAUCAUUCUAUGGGCAAAGUUUUAAGUGCACAAAUAAGUAAUUAGGUGCCUAACAUUUAAAAUUUGUACCUUUAAAAUUCUCCCCAUGGAAUGUUAAACUUCUCAAGUGAAUGUGGUGCUCAAGGAAAGUGCUAGAGACUGAAGUCCUGUGUCUACAAAACAGGUGCUGAAAAGUGUCCCUACUCUGUCCUGCCAAUGUGCCUGCACUAUGAUCUCAGAGGAUGGGGCUCUCUUUAGGCAGCAGAAGCUAGUUCAGUUCUGAGAUUGCCAAGAAGGCUGCAAAUUGAUGCCAGUUGUGGGAGGUUUUUAUUGAAGUGGAUAUUAGACUGCAAAUCCAACUGACAGCUGUAAGAGCAAUGGGAUAGGAGCCACUUUUGGUUAUUACGGAUUUUAGCUGGAUUUGAAUGACAGACAUUCAGUUGAAAGGUUUGGGUGAGAGCUUCAUCCCCACUUUGGUCACUUGCUGCCAAAUAAAAACCCUGGAGUGGUGAAAGGGGCCCCUAAAAAGUCCUCUCUAUAGCUGGGGGAGUAUUCUUCUGGCAUAGGGGGCAUGCUGGCAGUGGGAGGGGUGUUGAGCCACAAUACACUGCACUGUGGAGAUUCCUGGCAGUGCUGCUUCCCAUAGGGCAGUGCAGGGAGGUUGCUGUAAUUUAGACAGGCCUGUGCAUGUUGCACUCAGGGGUUUGUGGAGGCCAGGAUCAGGAGGUGCAAGGUGGGGCUUAAAGCUAUGUUAGCUCCCCUCCCCCUGUGCUGUGCCUCACAGUGCAGCACAGAAUCCCACCUAUAAUAUCUAGAGCUGAGCAAAUAAUUUAUACUGAUUAGUUAAUUUAGUCUCUUUGGUUUUGAUUUGUCCAUGAGGAAAUCAGUUUCUCGGAUGUAUUUAUUCAAAAUUAUUCACCGAAUAAUUCUUGGUUUGGAGAUUGCUCAUCAGCAGUUCACUAUGAGUAUCUGAGUUUGUGUGGAAACCCAGGUCACAUGGUAUAAUUCCCUGAUUCUAGGAGUUAUGCUCUGCCAGGCUACUUUCUUGUGCAAAUACUUGUGUUCAAGUUGAAAAUGUCUUUAGAGAUAGUUAUUAAACAAACUCUUAAAAUGUGCUGAGUCAGCAAAAAUUCCUAGUAGCCAAUUCACCUGUUAUCAUAUUCCCCGAAAGUGAGUGCAAGUACAGGAUGAAUCAAAUUCAAUUGUUUAGUUGAGUGACUAUCGAUGGAAUAUAUUCUUGAGAUUUGCUCAUCUACUUGUAGUUCUCAAAGAUCUUUACCAAUACUCUGAGCUAUCCAUUCCCUCGAAAAAAAAUUAUUUCUAAACAUGUUGGCUUAGAAAGCGUUGUUAAUGUGACCAUCUGGCUGGAUGUGGACAUAAUUUUUGGUACCAUGUAACAUGGUGGUAGAAAUGUUUUGUCAGACUACACUGCUUCCCAUCAAAUGGAAUUUAGUGUUAAACAAAAUGUUUUCUAUUUACACUCAAAAGUUCAUUGUUGAAGUAGUUGUGUAGCCAGAUGGAAAGUGGAUUACAAUUUGACGUUGAGCUCCUAUGUUACCAUACUGUGUGUACACUUGGAAAAGUGGGACCUAUAGUUUUCCUAUGGGGCAACUCUGCCACAGGUAGCAAUGGUGGAGGCCGUAGUAUAUCUAAAUCUCAGGUGUUCUACCACUGAUGUUUCACACUAUUAAGAAUAGGGCUUGACAACUUGGUGGUAAGACGCCAGCAUCCUGUCUACACUAAAGCCUCCAUCAUCACCAACAUGGAAAUGCACCAAUGAUGAAUUAUGAGUCCUAAUUUUCCUAGAGUGGAGACAGCCUUUUAGACAAAUAUUGCCAUUUUAUAGCCAGCAAUUACAACCGUGAAUUUUCAUUUUGUUAUGUGAAGAUACUGCUUACAGUUGUAAAUUUUCAGACUGCUGGGCUGAGCAAAAUAGGUAAAAUUUUCUUUCCAAACUGUAGGUAUUAUAUGUAUGUGUGCUAAAAGAUAGUCUGAUCUAAAUGCGGGGGGAAGUAAACUUAAAACCCUACGCAUCAAGUUGGAAAUUAAAUACUAUAUACUCUAUGUGUAUAUAAUAUAUAGAAGAUACAUGUUGAUAGUGAUCUGUUAUGAUCUUACACUGUGGUGAGUGAGUUCUCUCAAGUGACUUGUCUGGCAGACACAUUAAAAAGCUCACUCUAGAGCACUGAUAUCAUGUACAAUAUUAUUGGACAAUGGACAUUACUUUGUCUGUUUUUAUAUUGAAUAUGAAGCUUUUUAAUAUUUAAAAAAUAAAUUAUCAUUAUGCCAAAAAUAAAUUCCAACGAUAAAUUAAAUAGUUUUAAAGAAAGAUUAAAUAUUUAAACAAUAUUUAAAAUAGUAAAUUAUUUUAUAUGGGAUUUAACAAUACUGUGUAAAAGUUUUUUUUAAAGGAUUCUUGAAAUUUAGGUUGAGUAGAGCUGUGGGGUUUAAUCUCAGAUCACUUGUGACUGGUCCACUUUUUACUUCGUAUUGAAAAAUAAAGUAAACCAAAGCCCUGAGUUAGUUUCUUUUUGCUACAUUAUUUUUAAUAAGAAACAAUGUACAGCUCGCAUUAGAAAGAGAUGAUGCAUUCAUUAAAUAUUGUUUGUUAUAAAAGUAAUGCGACACCUUUUUGGUCCAGUACAAAUAAAUAUUUUAGA